UCAAAAAAGAAGCGAUAAACCCCGCCAAUCACGCGACGUGCCUGAAGCUAAACCCCACCGCUCUUUCACUCAGUUCACACUUCGCCCCCCCAAUACCAUUCUCCCAUUUAUACAUUUUGCAGAAUCCCACACUCGGAAGUUCACAAAGCUCGAAAAUUUUGCAGCAAUGGAGGACAACGAGGAAGUGGGUGAGGAGUACCUCUUCAAGAUUGUCCUGAUUGGUGAUUCUGCUGUUGGCAAGUCCAAUUUGCUCUCUCGCUUUGCUCGCAACGAGUUCGAUAACAAUUCUAAGGCUACAAUUGGGGUUGAGUUUCAGACCCAGGUCGUGGAAAUUGAUGGCAAAGAAAUUAAGGCUCAGAUCUGGGACACUGCUGGCCAAGAGCGAUUCAGAGCUGUCACUUCUGCUUAUUACAGAGGUGCCGUUGGGGCUCUCAUUGUUUACGAUAUCAGUAGGAGAACCACUUUUGACAGCAUCAAAAGGUGGCUCGAGGAGCUUUCUCUUCAUUGUGAUACUACUGUGGCAAGAAUGUUGGUGGGAAACAAGUGUGACCUGCAGAAUAUCAGAGAGGUUAGCAUAGAGGAUGGCAAAAGCCUUGCAGAAGAAGAAGGCUUAUUCUUCAUGGAGACAUCUGCACUUGAUUCUACCAAUGUUCAAACGGCUUUCGAGAUCGUUAUCCAGGAAAUCUAUAGCAAUAUCAGCCGGAAAGUGUUGAACUCUGAUUCCUACAAGGCCGAACUGUCCGUGAAUCGAGUCAACCUGGCUAAUGGGGAAGGAUCAAAGCAAGGCCGGCUGAAUUUUUCUUGCUGUUCUUCAUGAGUUUUGUUCCAGAUGACUUGGCUUUGUCACUCCCAUGGAUAUUUUGAGUGUAGUCUUCCUUUUUUCUUACCCUUGAUAGUAUGAAAUCUUGUCCUAUGGGGAAUUAUUUUCUAUCGGUCUACAUCCUCUGUUGUACCCCCAAAAAACGAAGGAGGUCAAUAUUUUUUUUUUUUUCCCUAAAAGCUCACAUAUUGCAAAGCAUGCUGCGCUGCGCAGCACGUUCUUCAUUUUCAAUUUAAAGCCUCUGUUCCUUCAAUUCUUGAGGAACUUGAUCCUUAUGUGAAUGAAAAAGGAGAAAGAGUUUGCUUUUGCA